AUGCCAUACCUCGUUCCCUGUCCACCAAGUUACCCGCCGGCACACCUCAGGCCCAACCGCACCUUGUCUAUUUUCACAGUCACGGGGCAACUCGCGGACGCCUAUCUACACCAAGCCGCAGCUCUUUGGAUCACGGAGAGAUACAUCGCCUUCAUCUCGUCCUGUGUCAUGUUUUCUUUAAGUCUGGGAGCGCCUGCCCGCCAGCUUUUCUUCAACCCCCUCGAAUCGUCGGACCCCGAGGUUUCCGAUGCCUUGGCCAGGCGUAAGGAUCGAAGAGCCGCCAUCGGGGGAGACUCAACAGCACCCACCAACUCGACGGUGGACGGUGCUGAUUCGGAGAUGUCCGAGAGCACCCUUUGGACGUACGAGAAGGUGGCCGCGAUGCCGAGCGUGUCCGCAGUCUUUGACGAGUUUGCCCGAAAAGCUCUGUGCCAAGAGUCCAUCCUGUUCCUCAAGGACGUCACAAGGCCAGUGCUUUAG